UGAGGGGCAGUCGGGCCGCCCGGUCUCCCGGCGAUCGCGCGGAUGGCGGCGCUGGCGGCGCUGGCCAAGAAGGUGUGGAGCGCGCGGCGCCUGCUGGUGCUGCUGCUGGUGCCGCUGGCUCUGCUGCCCCUGCUCUUCGCCCUGCCGCCCAAGGAAGGCCGCUGCCUGUAUGUCAUCCUGCUCAUGGCCGUGUACUGGUGCACAGAGGCCCUGCCCCUGUCAGUGACAGCUCUUCUGCCCAUCAUCCUCUUCCCCUUCAUGGGCAUUCUGCCUUCCAGCAAGGUCUGCCCCCAGUACUUCCUUGACACCAACUUCCUCUUCCUCAGCGGCCUGAUCAUGGCCAGUGCCAUCGAGGAAUGGAACUUGCACCGUAGAAUCGCCCUCAAGGUCCUCAUGCUGGUUGGGGUCCAGCCUGCCAGGCUCAUUCUGGGGAUGAUGGUGACCACUUCAUUCCUGUCUAUGUGGCUGAGCAACACGGCCUCCACCGCCAUGAUGCUGCCCAUUGCCAAUGCCAUCCUCAAAAGCCUUUUUGGCCACCGGGAAGCUCGGAAGGACCUUCAUCGGGAAGGUGACGAGAGCACAGCUGCUGUACGGGGAAAUGGACUUCGAACAGUGCCCACGGAGAUGCAGUUUCUCGCCAGCUCAGAAGGAGGCCACCCUGAGGAGGCAGAGGCCCCACUGGAGCUGCCCGUUGACUCCAAAGAAGAAGAACACCGCAAAAACAUCUGGAAGGGCUUCCUCAUCUCCAUCCCCUACUCAGCCAGUAUCGGGGGCACUGCCACCCUCACAGGCACAGCCCCCAACCUCAUCCUGCUUGGCCAGCUCAAGAGACGGGAAUCCCUUCCACCCUGGGGCACCGUCUCGCACUCUGGGCUUCGAGUGAAUGGCCCCUCUCAGCUCCUGUCUGAGCCCAGGAUGAUGAGCAUGCUUACAUCUCUGCACCACAGGUUUGCUGAACAGGCCGUUUUCGUCUUGUUCUGUGCAUUUGCCAUCCUUCUCUUCUCCCGGGACCCGAAGUUCAUCCCUGGCUGGGCCAGCCUCUUCGCCCCUGGGUUUGUUUCGGAUGCCGUCACUGGUGUGGCUAUUGUCAUCAUCCUGUUCUUCUUCCCGUCCCAGAAGCCUUCCCUCAAGUGGUGGUUUGACUUCAAAGCUCCCAACUCAGAGACUGAGCCCCUGCUGAGCUGGAAGAAAGCCCAGGAGACAGUGCCCUGGAAUAUCAUCCUUCUCCUGGGAGGUGGCUUCGCCAUGGCCAAAGGCUGUGAGGAGUCCGGGCUGUCAGCGUGGAUCGGUGGGCAGCUACACCCGCUGGAACAUGUGCCCCCGGUGCUGGCCGUUCUGCUCAUCACUGUGGUCAUCGCCUUCUUCACAGAGUUUGCCAGUAACACGGCCACCAUUAUCAUCUUCCUGCCUGUCCUAGCAGAGCUGGCUAUCCGGCUGCAUGUGCACCCCUUGUACCUGAUGAUCCCUGGCACAGUCGGCUGCUCCUAUGCCUUCAUGCUGCCGGUCUCCACACCCCCCAACUCCAUUGCCUUCGCCAGUGGACACUUGCUGGUCAAAGACAUGGUGCGGACCGGCCUCCUGAUGAACCUGAUGGGCGUCCUGCUGCUUAGCCUGGCCAUGAACACCUGGGCACAGAGCAUCUUCCAGCUGGGCACCUUCCCAGACUGGGCCAACACCCACUCUGCCAACGUCACCGCCCUGCCACCCGCCUCGACCAACAGCACGCUUCAAAUCCUCUGAGUCCUGCUGGGGACUUCCCUUUGGGCUGGGCCUUCCCCCACUGGCUGUUGCCUUCACUUGCUGCUAGGACCCUACAAGCUGAUGGAGCAAAUCUUUUCUGUAAUCUGAUAGGAGGCAGCAAGCAAGCAAGGGUGGCCUCCAGGGGUCCACUUGGGCCUCCAGCUCACUGUCUGCAGCACCUUCUCUUUCUUUCUCAUGCAUUUCAAAGCCUGUCUCCUGGAUCUGCUGCCUGAGGAACAGGCUUUUCUCACUGAGCUGGUCUGUGGCCAGGGUGCAGGGAAGGCCACUGGAGCCACAAGGGACUGAAAUGGCAUUUGUCUUGCACACCUGGGGUUGAGAGCUAUCCAUGCAUGUGGUGGCCACUGGCUUUAGGUCCUUGAAGACAGCACCACUCAGCUGGGGGUGGCAUUGUGGCUGCAAUGUGGCUGCAAAUCUCUAGGCCAGAUGUUACAGCUGUUCACUGCAGGCUGGAUUCUGCCCAUUGCUGUUUAAUCAUCUCCCCUGUAGACACCCAGAAGCCAGAGGUUGUCCUCCAGGGAAUGGAGGACACAGGCCUCUGGAGUCUCUUUGCUGCUUCUCCAGCACCCCCCACCCCACCCCGCCAUAUACACACCAUGGGGGUUUGAGAAACCCCAGCUCACAUGUCUACCCAAGAUGCUUAGGGCUCUCUUUUCUCAUCUUAUUCCCUGGGGCCAUAACUCCAGGUCAAACCCUGCUGGGCCCCCAUUAUCCAUCAAGGACCCUCCCAUGUGUGGCCCUUGUGAUGGGCUCUGUGGCUGCAGACCACCAGCUGUUUCUUACCCCCACCACUGGGUUUGGCCUCUCCACUCCCACCUCAUGUGGUCACUAUGUCUAAAUUGCAAAGGCCACAGUCUUCAGGGGUGAGAGAAAAAUCUGGAGGUCAGUGGAGGCCUUGAAGAAAACCAUGGCAAAAAAGGAAGCAUACUGUAAUACGUUCUGCAGAUGGAGACCCCGAGCUAGCCUGCCAGCAGAGGCUGGAGCCGGGAAGCAGACAAUUGCUGUCCUUAUUCCUAGCAUAAGCUUCUGGCAUCCUGUGAAUGGAGCAGGGUGGGGACAGCGGGCAACUUGGAACUCCGCUGACACCCAGGGGUGGAGCCCUCACUGCCUUGCCAGGGUGGACUUCCCAGAGAUGGACACUUUCUGAUAAGGCACAAGUGAGUCAGAGUGCUUUCCCAGAGCUGGAGUGUUGGGGGUGCUGAGCUGGCAGUGGCACUACAAGACUGAUCAGCUCAGCCCUCUGGGAACGGAUGGUGGUGUCCCUCAGGGGUCAGGGACAGCCCACGCACUGAGAAGCCCAUGGCUUUGUGACCACAGGAUUCAUGAUUUCUGAUACUGCUGAUCAAAAAUGCACUCAAAUAAAGAAUGUUGGUCAAUA